AUGAUGAAUAUCAGUCAAAGUUAUGUUCAGCCUUUAAAUCCUAAUCCAGAAAGUAAAUGGAAAACAUAUUUUAAGGAUAAUGAAGUACUCUUACAGAUUGAUAAAGAUGUUAGACGCUUAUGUCCAGACAUAUCAUUUUUUCAACAACCGACAGAUUAUCCUUGCAUACAAAUUGUAGAAAAUACAGAAGUUGAAUCAUUUAGGGAAAGAGUAAAGCAAACUGCAUUAAGUUCUGCAAAUGUUAUUCGCAGUAGAGCUGGAAUUACAAAUAUUUCACUUUCUAAAAAAAGAGCACAUGAUGAAUAUCAGUAUUUGCCUCAAGGCCAAGAAGCACAUUGGGAGGUGGUAGAACGAAUAUUAUUUCUCUAUGCAAAAUUAAAUCCAGGUCAAAGUUAUGUUCAGGGAAUGAAUGAAAUAAUUGGACCAAUUUAUUAUACAUUUGCUUCCGAUCUUAAUCCUGAAUGGAGUAGGUAUGCUGAAGCUGAUUGUUUCUUCUGUUUUACUAACCUUAUGUCUGAAAUUAGAGAUUUUUUCAUUAAAUCUCUAGAUGAGUCUUCUAGUGGAAUUGGUUCAAUGAUGAAUCGACUAAUGAAUAUGUUAAAUCACUAUGAUUAUGAUGUAUGGUUUCGUUUACAAGAAUUAGAAUUAAUGCCGCAAUAUUAUAGUUUCAGAUGGAUAACACUUUUAUUAUCUCAGGAAUUUCCUCUUCCAGAUGUGAUCAGAGUAUGGGAUUCUUUAUUUUCUGAUCAUAAAAGAUUUGAUUUUCUGAUAAAUGUUUGUUGUGCCAUGUUACUAUUAAUAAGGGAUCGCUUAAUGGAAGGAGACUUUCCAACUAAUAUGAAAUUGCUUCAGAAUUUUCCUGACAUGGACAUUCACAAAAUAUUGGCCAAAGCUGUAGAAUUGCAAAGAUGAUAAUAGAUUUCAAAUUACUAUAAUUAGCAUGUGUAUCCUAUUUUCUUCAUGUCGAAGAACAUAACAGCAUAAGUCCAAACAUAUAUGAGAUUAUUUGAAUUUAUACAUUCCAUCCUGGCAAUAUUUUUUACAAGUAAAUAAUGCCAGUAUAAAAAUUUCAACGCAAAUUUGACUUAAAAAAAGAGUGCAAAAUAUAUAGCGAUGAAGAUGUAUUUUAAAAUGCACUAAUUAAAAAUUAUUGUAUAUAUGCAUAAGUAUAUUGUUAUUAUUUUUUGAUUUGGAAAAGCUUCCAUUGUUUCUUCCAGUAUUGUUUUGAUAGAUAUUUUGAAGAAAAUAAAAACUGUAUAAUAAAAUUUGUGCAAUGUUAAAGUUAUACAAUAUAUGAAAAAAAUAUACCAUAUUUACACGUAUAUAAGAUGACAUUUUUAUUCAUUUAUCAUAUUAGGUUCAAAUUCCUAGGUUUUCCUAUGUGUGAGCAAAGAUUCCUUGCGUUUUUGCAAAUAAUUUUUGUGAACCAUGUAUUUGCAUUUUUUACCAGAUGCUUACCCUCUUGUAUUUAAAAACAAUUAUUUUAUCUGGAUCAUUUGAAUCGUUCUUGUAUAUUGUCA